CGAUCAGCACAUAAAAGAACGCCUUCCUUAACAAGGGCUAAGCAAUUCCUGUUCGAAAAAAUGGCUGAAAAUGGCGACCUGUCAAGACACUCAGAUACAGCCCCUAAAAAGAACAUCAAGCGAGGAGAAAUUGAUGUCCGAGAACUGCAACAAAAGCGACAUAUGGCAGAAAUAAAAAGAAAUCGAAUUGAAGAAGAUUUGCGAGAGAAUCACGUUUAUUUUGACCGACCGCUGUUUUUCGUUGGUCGAAAUUCAACACUGCGACGAUUCUGUGAGAGUAUCGUUUAUGCCAGAUAUAAAGCAGAUACUGAUAUUAAUGGCGGAAGCAAACCGAUGCGCCGUUAUAAGGAGUUGUACACGCUGGUUGGACUGAUGACUUAUUUGGACUGGACAAUGGUUAUAGUAACAUCGCUGUCAUGCAUAUCGAUGUUGUUUGAAAGUCCUUGGCCAACAACGGGCGAAAAUCUCGUUUUUAAUAAUUUUUAUCUACAGGUUCUGAUUCUAUUCAGUUGUAAAAUCGUGUAG